AUGGCUCUUAAUUCCGCGCCUCGUGCGUACCGCACAGGAGACCAUCUCCUUGUCGUUCAUGAUUUUGAUGCGCGCUCAGAGGAUGAACUCACCCUGCGACGGGGUGAAAAAAUCGAGUUGGUCGAGCUAGAUGAUGGUUUCGGCGAUGGGUGGUAUCUAGGAAAAGACGUCAAGACUGGGACGACAGGCCUGUUCCCAGGAGUCUAUACCACGAAGGCGCCCAAUAUUCCUGUGCGACCUCGGACCGAUGGCCCAGAAUCAGAUGCGCCCAAGGCAAAUGAAACUGGGGAGUCAACGACCGCCCGAGAAACUCCCACGCCGGAAGCCAGCGACAUCGUCGCGACACCCAAGAGCGAAGAUUCGACUCCGCACGCGUCUCGCCACGCUAGCAUGACUGACCUUCGGGGUGCCCCCGGAUCAAGCGAAACGAACCCCUCUCUUCUCGCACCGAAGCAGCAGCAACAACAGCAAAACCGGUCCAGCUCUUCCCCCUUGCCGAGCUCAACAAUGGCGGUGGAUAUCAAACAAUCCAUCCGCCAGACUCUAGGCCCACACAUGAACGGUCAAGAUAGCCCCGUUAUGAACGAAACACUCAGUGUGAUCGACGAACAUAUCACAGAUCUCAGCACUCCACGCCACAGCGUCAAGCCGUCCACCGAUCAGAAAACGAUCAACGACUCUGCGAGUGAAUAUAGUGCCCACAUGGACAACCGGAUGUCUUAUAUAAACGGUCAUGAGACCGAUGAAGAGGAAAAUAACCAGCCCUCUGAGGAGGAGGUGCGGAAAUGGGGCAUUCCGGAGACCGUCAAACAAUUGCAUCAGCUAGGGUUGGAGGACAAGCACUGCAACAUUUUUGAAGAACAGGAAAUAACAGGAGAUGUGCUUUUGGACAUGAACCAGGAUUUCAUCAUGAUGAAAGAAUUCGAUUUCGGAGUGAUGGGACGACGUUUGAAAACCUGGCAUAAAAUCAAAGCGUUCCAAGAGGAGAUAAAAGGUUACAAAGAACAACCGUCUACUGCUCGGGGCUCAGUCGCCGGCUUUUCGACGACAUCUGAAGAACGCUCUAUCAGUCGUGCUGGUCAAACAGGGCCGCUGCGUCCGCGAGUACCGAACUACAGGGGCUCAUUCAGUGGUACCACUCAGCAUCCGCGACUGAUAAGCAACAAUGCUCACAGUGAGACGAGUUCCCCGAUCACCCCGCAGACUCCAUCGUUCAUGGACCACUCGCGGCGGCCUUCCGCCGCGUCGAUUCGAGAGAUCAAUCACCAACGGCGGCAUUCAUCCAUGGACACGACGAGCCGCUAUUCAAGUGCUGGAGAUAUUUCUCCACAUGUCGGGCCCGCCCACAGCAAGAAGGGGUCCCUUGAUCGUGGCUGGACAAUGUCCCUUGGCGCACAGCGGGCAACCCCUCGUCCAGGAACCGCUUUAGGGGCUUCUAGCACUGGAUCCCAUCACCAUACCAAUGGCGUGGAGUCGGCGGUAACUGACGAUUUGGAUCGUGGGUAUUUCUCAGGACCGGAGACAGACUCGCGAAUGCCGCGUAGAGUCCUACAGAAGAGAGCAUCGGUGUCCGGUAGCGCCCACUCGUUGCAAUCUAACCAAACUGAUGAGCAGAUUCGGGCCAACCAGAGGCAUUCUCGAAUCAGCAGCGUAGAUUCAAUUACAGACGGACCCCCAAAUGCUCUGAACUCGGGAACGACAUAUCCUCUCCCUUCUUCCAAAGGCCGGCUGCGGAGUUUGAGUACCCGAAUGUCUUCUCAGCAAUCAUCUCGCAAUUCCCCCAAAGGGUCCGCGGGUGGGUUUUUCUCAUCUUUUGCACCUAGGGUCGGAAAGCCUGACUCGGACUCUGGGCGUUCCACGCCGCAACCACUGCAGCAAAUCAAAAGCGCCGCGCCAAAAUUUCGACGUGCUGUUGGGCUCCGAACGAUAUCCGAUACAGCUGGCAAGGGUAACGAUACGUCCGUAAUUCCGGGGUCCCCUGUUAAUGAUACCGACCCGGCAACUACUCGAACGGGCUCGACUACGCCUUCGACAUCGAAGAGUUCUGAGCGGCACAGCACUGACGGUUCUGGGAAGAAUGCGGAAGGUGGCGCACUAUUACCCCGUGCGCGGCCUUCUCUCAAGGCCGGUGUGAAGUCGAAGAAGGACACGAGCGCUUACACAAGGGGCCUGGAAAGGAAGCCACCACAGGAACAGAUGGAUGGCUGUGAUUUCUCUGGCUGGAUGAAGAAACGGUCUUCAAACUUGAUGACGACUUGGAAACCUCGCCUCUUUGUCUUACGUGGUCGUCGUUUGUCAUACUACUAUUCGGAAAACGAUACGGAGGAACGGGGCCUGAUUGAUAUCACCUCCCACCGAGUUCUCCGAGCCGAUAAUGAUCCUAUUAUUGCAAUUCACGCAACUAUCACCGGUUCUACAGUUUUGGCCACAUCCCCAGCCGGCAGUGCACCGACUGGCAGUAAUGGCUCAAUCUCAGAAAACAGUUCGACAGCGCCGGAAUCAAAGCGCGGAUCGCGCUUGGACAAGGAAGGGCCGUUUUUCUUCAAGCUAAUUCCACCCAAGUCGUCUCGUACUGUGCAGUUUACCAAACCCGCAGUCCAUUAUUUCCAGGUCGACAGCGUCAAGGAAGGCCGCCUGUGGAUGGCUGCGUUGAUGAAGGCGACUAUCGAGCGGGACAUUCACCUUCCGAUUGAAACCACCAAUAAGCAGAGAACCAUCAGUCUCAAGGAGGCGCAGCUGACGAACCAGCGACCCCCCGCGUUAAUGAAUGAAGGCGAAGGACCGGGUAAAGAGCCCCUGGUCGAAGACGCCGCGGUUGAAGAUGCUGCGGGUGAAGGUGGCGCAAAGGAAGAGGGGGGCUCUGGCUUGAUGAUCCAGGGUCUUGACAUGGCGCAAGUCGACUCGCCUGUUGACGUGGGUGAUCUCAAGCGCUCCUCUAACCCGCUGGGCGACCUUGACACUGGUCCGUCUGUGGCCGCCUCCAUGUUCCUUCGCUGGCUCCUCUCCCGCCUUCUUGUCGGCCUUCUCCCGCUUGCCGUCACCACCACGGUCUAUCUCUACCUCUACCCCGUCUUCUCCGGCUGCGCAUACCCUCUCCCUCUCGACCCUUCCAAUGUCUCAUCACACACCAGCGCAUUCCUCCACACCCUCCAGCAACAUGUUGCGCCGCAGUCCGCCCCCGAGCCGGAACCAGCAAUCUUCCGCCUCCUCGUCCUAGCCGAUCCGCAGCUCGAGGGCGACAGCUCCCUCCCACGCCCGCAAUACAAACUCGGAGCCAGACUCCAGAAACAUUGGAGCGACACCCUCUCCUCCAUAACCGCGACCCCAUAUCCGGUCCCCACCGAGGUGUGGAGGACUGUCUCGGAGGCUCUGCGGAGCCUCAUACGGAAGGACAUCCCGCGCGCCCUAUCUGCCGUGCGAAAGCGGCUCGACCUUUUAGGAAACGAUUACUACUUGGCCCAUAUCUAUCGUACGUUACAUUGGUGGACGCGGCCGACGCAUGUUACGGUUCUGGGCGAUCUGAUCGGGAGCCAAUGGGUAACGGAUGAAGAGUUUCAGCGUCGUGGAGAGCGGUAUUGGCAUCGUGUGUUCCGUGGGGGAGAACGGGUUAGUGAUGAGAUUACCCGGACGGGAGAAAAGGAUUAUGCUACUGGUAGUGGCAAAGAAGGGGGCAUCAUGGAGUUGGAGGAACUGCCUUCUUCACCGUCUUGGGCCCAUCGGAUCAUUAAUAUCGUGGGGAAUCAUGAUGUUGGUUAUUCCGGUGACGCGAGUGAGAAGCGCAUUGAGCGCUUCGAGCAUGUUUUCGGCCGCGCGAACUGGGAUAUACGAUUCCAGCACCCUCACGUAGAGGGAGAGGGAGAGGGAGGAGGGCUUAAGCCCACACUGCACUUAAUAAACCUGAACAGUUUGACGCUGGACGGGCCGCCAUUCUCCCAGGAUGUCCAGGGCCAUGGCUACGCCUACAUCAACGAUAUAAUCUCGCACCGAUCGUAUCCAGUUGAUGACCCCUCUACAUUCACUCUCCUCCUAACCCAUCUUCCGCUACAUAAGCAAGACGGUGUCUGUACGGAUGGGCCAUACUUUACUUAUUUCGAUGCAGACGAUGAGCGAGAAGAUCCGGGGCGGUGGAAGGCCGGCGGGUUGCGCGAACAAAACCAUCUUAGCGAGCACGUCACCACAAACGGUAUUCUCGAGGGCCUCUUUGGUAUGAGUGGUGACGAGGGAGCGGUAAACGGCGGAAUUGGUCGCAACGGCCUGAUCUUGACUGGCCACGACCACACAGGCUGCGACGUGGUUCAUUCCAUACAAAGGCUACCACCACCAUCUAACAACGAUGACCUACCGAACGCCAACGACACUGUUUCCAGCGAAGACAUAGCCAACCAUCCAAGCUGGGCAUGGAACGCAACCCGCUACAACCCCUCCAAACCGCAUAGUAGCCGUCAACCUUCCUCCGCCCCCUCCAUUAGAGAAAUCACCCUCCGCUCCAUGAUGGGCGAGUACGGCGGAAACGCGGGUCUCCUAUCUCUAUGGUUCGAUACCAACGCCAAGGAGUGGAAAUAUGCUAUAUCGAUGUGUCCCGCUGGCGUGCAACAUACCUGGUGGGUAGUGCAUGUGAUUGACCUCAUAACGCUCAUUGUCGCUGGGCUGUGCUGGCAGUUUCGGAUCAUCGCCACCGGGCCCGGUUAUCGGGGAUGA